AUGGCGUCCCAACCUAAAGUACCUCGUCCUAGUAACGAUACUGGUGCAGAUGGCGAACUUAGUUCCACCAAUGCUCUCAUCGACGAAAUAGAGGAAGUUCAGAACGCUAUUGACAAUCUCAAUGAGCAAGCUAGCGAAGAAAUCCUUAAGUACUACCUUUCACCUGACCUGGAAGAUGAAAAUGAAAACGAUGACGAGGACGAAGAUGACGACGAUGAUCAGGAUCUCGACGAGGACGAAACUGGAGGAGCGGAUGUUUAA